AUGAAUUUCGGGUACAGACAACCCACCGCCGCAGCAUCGUCGCUGUCCGCUGGACCGCCACCCGCAUAUCGUGGGCCCAAUACUGCUUCGUUUGACCAGCCGAGCAAGGCGGCGCAUGUGCAUGUAAAUGAAGAUGAGCUUCCACCGAUGCCGACGUGGGCCGAUGCACAGACCCGGCGGGUUGAGGAUCAUCAUGUCGAGCAUGAAGAGGUGGAAAUGGACAAUCUGCAGGGAAUUAGAGAUCAUUCUAAGAGUCCUCUACAUCACAAUCCACGAGUUUCGCCUGCACCGGUAGCUGGAGGGUUGUCACGCGGUAUGUCACGAGGCGGAUAUGAUCAGGUCCCUGGUACAUAUCCCAGUCCGCAUCCGAGUCCUCAGCCAAUGUACGAUGAAGGAUACUCUCCCAACGGAAAUACUCCCAACGGACAUGGAGGUGGUUAUGAUGGAGCACACCCCGGCAAUGCUAUGGGUGGGAACCUCAGCGAACAUGACGCAUACUUUAACCACGGCGAUCAAGGACAUUAUGGAGGUAACCAAGCGGACACGCAUUACUUCAACCAGAGUCCUCAUUCUCCUGGAGCCCAGUCACCUGGAUAUGGCCCGCCUGCCGCUGCGGGAUACGCCCCUCGUGCAUCGCCUGCACCAUAUCGCGGGUUCGAAAAUCAGCCUCCCCCCAGGGUACAGGUGCCCAACUUCAGCGGACCGCGCGCGUACAACCAAGCCUCAUCUCCCCGAUCCCCACCAGCCAUGGGAGGCGGCUUCUCACCCUACGACCAGCAACAACAACGCCAACCACCAGGCUACCCACAAACCCGCAGUCCCCCACCAGCCUCAAACGGAUACUCUCCAUACGACCAUCAACAGUCCGAUUAUUACCAUCCAACAACCCAAAGCCCACCACCAUUACAGCAGCAACAACAGGGUCAUCAAGCUCCUCAAGGCCAGUAUAGAGCAUUUUCGCCACAAAUAGCGUCUCCGCCUCCGCUCAAUCAGCAUCAUCAGGGUGGCUCUUUCCUAGAAGAUCCGGAUCAUCAGUCACCUAGCGGAGAGGACCGACCACCUAGUUUGUUGAUGGCUGGUCGACGACCAGCGCCGAAUACUCAUCGCGCUGUAUAA